CCCAAAAAAAAAAAAAGAAAUAAUAAACCGUUUUCUUCUAUGCUAGAGAGAAAGAUUUGGACUUAACGAUGGAGCAGGAGGAAGAAAAAGUUUCGAAUGCCUUCAUUCCCUCGUCGUUGUCGUCCUUCGAUUUGGAACAAGUGCUCCACGCUCUACCUUCCAACGCCCUCAACCACUUGUUCUCCCUCGGCGUAUGUGUCCGCUGCGUCCUUCGUCUCUUUGGUAUCAAAGGCCCAAUCUGUGCCUCAGUUGAUAACGGUUCCGAAAACCCUCUAGACUCAACCACUUCCAACGAAGCUAAACUCUGCAACAUUUGCUUAGGGAUUCUGCAGUUCAGGUUUUACGAUGACAGAGAGAAAAGAGUGUUGCAGAAGGAUACUGCUUAUGACGUGGCACUCCUCAUUGCUGACAUGGUUAAGCAAGAGAGAUACCAGUUCGAUACCUUCUCACUUGAAGUUUCCAUUCCUCCUCUUAUCCUUCAAAACGAAACCUCUGUUUGGUCAUAUAUGCAAAAGAAAUAUGGAUCUGAACCUUGGUUUCAAGAAAAGCUACACACUGGAUGUAUCUCUAUAAAGGAUGCUUUGAAGUUUUCUCUAAUAAAUCCUCUUGAAAAUCUAUUGGGUUGUAAAUCAAGUUUGUGCCCUUUCCGGAUUCGUUUAACAUACACUCACACCAAAGCAUUGGAAGGUGUUGCCAAAUGUUCUGAAAAUGAUGGGAGUUGCAAGAGAAGAAAAACAGGUGAAUCCGAUUUGAUUGGACAGAGGCCUCUUAGCAGUACAGUAGAAAUUGAAUCCUUUGACAGCUCCAAGUUAUUUCUGAAAAGUGCAAGUGAACCUUGCCAUUUUAGUUACAAUUGCUCCAGGACACCAUUCUAUUUUGGUGGGAGAUACCUGAAGUAUUCACGGAAUGUGAGUCAAACACGCUGGAUCAUUGAUGAUGAAAGAAUGGGGGAAGCAUCAGUUGAGGAAAUAAUUGGUACAAAGGUCCUUCAAGCAUGCCGUGGUGAUAACUAUAAGUUUCAUGCUGCUGGAAGAGAGGAUAUUGAUGUCCGAAUGUUGGGUCCUGGUAGGCCAUUUAUUCUUGAGGUGCAAAACACACGGCUUGUCCCAACUGAACAGUGUGCAAACAACAUAGAGAAAAUGAUUAAUGAAGUGGAAAAUAAAUUGGUGAGGGUGAAAAAUCUGAAACUUGUUGGCAGUGAUGGCUGGAACCUUAUGCGAGAAGGUGAAGCAGAGAAGCAGAAGCAAUAUGCUGCUUUAGUGUGGACUUCUCGUCCUCUGAAGGAUGAAGAUUUUCAACAAGUAUCUUCACUAAAAGAUUUGAAAGUUGUGCAGAGGACCCCAAUAAGGGUGCUUCAUCGUCGCAGUCCUCUAGAGCGUGAAAAGAUUAUUCAUUGGAUGAAAAUCGAGACAGUUGCUGGAAGUUCCCAAUAUUUUCUUUUGCAUCUAUGUACUCAGGCUGGGACCUACAUCAAGGAAUUUGUUCAUGGCGAUCUUGGACGCACCCAUCCCAGCAUCGGAUCUAUCUUGGGUUGUAGAGCUGAAAUUUUGCAACUUGAUGUCACAGACAUCAAAAUGGAAUGCUUCCUAACAUAGUAUGUUAUGUGAUAUUCUAACUGAUCUUGGGAAUGAAUAUUGCUUUGAUGGAAGACACUAUUCAAUCCCAACAUGUUUUUGAAAAAAGAAUCUGGUAAAUAGUACUAAAAGAUGGUUCCUAAUCAAGGCUGCAUGUCUUUUCAUAUACCUUUCGGUCCCUUAGGAGUUGUUUUUAAGUUAGAUUUUGGAGGGGAAGAGAAGACUUCUAAUGUAAACUUUACGCUAGAAAUGAUCCAAAACCCUGUUGUUUUCUCCUAACCCUUAAUUCACAAACCAUUCCUCGUAGGUUUUUAACAGUUAACCCUAGUUGAGAAUCAAGUUUACAAUCUAAACAGAAAAGACAAGACCAUCACCCAUUUGGGAUUUGUCUUGCUGGUGAGCAAUUCAUCUCUCCAUCGACUUUGCUUUUUGUAAAUUCAGUCAGUCAUAAACAGUUUAAUGCUUUCAUUUCAUCCUUGUAUUUCAUGAUUUUUACAUUGAUUCCAAUAUUUAUUGUGUUUCAAAUGGGGUUC